GGCGAAGGAAAUGAAAUCACUUCCGUCGGCAUUUUUAAUGCCUUUUUUUUUAACUGGAGGCGGGGGGAGGGGGAAUCCACUCUGAAAUGUCAAGUGAGGUGAGCGGGACGGAUCGCUUGUAUCCAAAGUAACCAUACUUUAGGUUCAGAUGUAAGAGUAACAGAAACCUUUGCGCGGGUGUCUAAUUGGAAAUCUUCAGAUAUUCAUUCUUGGAAAAUUUCUAAGCAAGACUUUUUUGCAAAAUGGAUGCAGGAUCCACAAGAACAACACCUGAAGCGCUCUUCUCCUUUGGAAUCAUAGCAGACAUUCAAUAUGCUGAUAUAGAGGAUGGUUAUGAUUUCCUGGGAUUCAAUAGGAGAUAUUACAAGCAUAGCCUGUGUUCUCUCCAGAAGGCAAUUGAAGAUUGGAACCGAACUGAGGUUCAGUUUGUAAUACAGCUUGGGGACAUCAUUGAUGGCUUCAAUGCCCAACAUAAGACAUCAGAGAAAGCACUGCAACAAGUUAUGAAGGAAUUUAAGAAACUCAAUGCACCAGUCCAUCACAUAUGGGGCAAUCAUGAAUUGUAUAAUUUCAGCCGGAAUUAUCUUAUGGAAUCUGAACUGAAUACCAAGUACUUAGAAGACCAAAGUUUGUUUAAUAACUUUAUCAGAGAACAGAGCUCCACAGAAAAUCCAACUACAGAAUUCUAUUAUGCAUACCAAUUUUCUCCAAUGCCUAAAUUUCGAUUCAUUCUUCUUGAUGCAUAUGACUUAAGUAUUCUGGGGAGGGAAACAUCAACAAAAAAAUAUAAAGAAUCUCUACAGCUGCUACAAGACAAAAAUCAGAAUGAAAAUCUGAAUAGUCCACUAGGGCUUGCUGAAUGCAAUUUUGUACAGUUCAAUGGUGGAUUUAGUCAAGACCAGCUGGACUGGGUUGAUAAAGUUCUUACCUAUGCUGAUGAGAAUCAAGAGAAAGUUGUGAUUGCAGGACACAUACCCAUCAACCCGGACUGUACAAGCAGUAUUUGCCUGGCUUGGAAUUAUAAAGAUGCCCUUGCUGUCAUUCAUUCACAUCACUCUGUAGUAUGUUUUCUUGGAGGCCAUCUUCAUUAUGGUGGUUACUGUCUAGAUUUUCAUGGAGUCCAUCACCUGACACUUGAAGGGAUUAUAGAAACUCCUCCAGAAAGCAAUGCUUUUGGAACUAUAUAUGUCUAUAAUGACAGACUGGUGUUAAAGGGAAAUGGAAGAAUUCCAGAUAGGGAGAUGUAUUACAAAGAUCAUCCACGCAAGUCUUCAUUUUAAGUACUAUUGUGUUCGUGGGCUAGAAAUUGUUAUUUUUCCAAUUGUUUUUAAUUAAAACACAGUUUUAAUAUCUGAUAGUGAAUAAAA